AUGACUACAUUCAAGGCAUUGAUCGCGAUACUAUUUACCCUCUUGUUUGUACAAUUUGUCACGCCCAUUGCUACGCGCACAUCACAGACCGUCGCUGAUGCUGUUAACGCAAUUCGAAGCCAACUGGGACUUUCGUUUGUGAACGAUAAUCCUAUCUUGGACGAUUAUUCCUAUAAUUAUCUUUAUGACUGGGCUCAGGGUACAAAAACGACUCUUGUAGAAGGCGAUGAGCUUAUUCGCGAACUUGCUGCAGCCGGUUAUAGCGCUUCGUGGGCUGGAAUGACUUGGUCAAGAGGAUAUACGCCUGCAGAACUUGUGUAUUCGCUUUAUGAAGAUCCUGACGGUUACCAAGUCCUUAGUUCUAAUUAUCUUACUGAUGUUGGUGCCGAAGACUUUGUUGCUAGUGAUGGCACUGAGUAUAUUGUAGCCGUAUUUGCCCAAGCAGCAGGAUCCGGUAAUAGAAAACGUGCAACGCUUGACGAUAUCAUUGGUAAUGCCAAGUUUGCAGCCAAGUCGGGAGACAAUCGUUCCAUUGCAAAAAGCUGGAAUUCUAGCUCUUUCAAUAGCACAAAUUAA